UGUUCAUGACAUGUGAGUUCCUGCCUCUCUGCAGAGUCUAUUUCUACUCAGCUCUCAAUGGUUGGUCACAUUUCGGUUCAAGCAUGUGCUUUCUGAAAUUCAUUUUGCUGCUGUUGAUUUCAUCACAUACGAGUGGUGGCUGUCAGCCCAGCAUCAGUGUAACUGGAGGACCAAACAUUUGCACUGGUCAUAAAUUUACCAUCACAUGUCAGUUUGAUUGUGAUGGAUCAACAAAGUGUGUAAAACUGGUGAAAGAAGGAAAAACUAAGCAUACUCUAGAGUCUUCGAAUAACAGUGUAUCUGUAUACAUUGACAGUGCAAAUAAGAAUCAUUCAGGAAUAUACAGUUGCCAAACAGAUAAUGGUUCAAUGAGCAGGGCUUAUGUAUCAGUGGAUGACAACUGUAGUUUUUCUUCAACUUACACAUCAGAAAACGUACACACUGUAAAUACAACGUCAUCCUCGCUGAUUAAUACCACACACCAAGGUUCUACACAACCACAAUCAAGGUCCUUGGAGCCAGUGCUGAUAUGUUACAUGCUGUUCAAGGCAGGGGUUUUUCUCAUCGGAUCAGUAACUGCAGUACUAAUAACUGUCUGCAAGAAGCACUGAAAAACAACCUGAACUUCUGUCAUGUAAAUUACAAACUAUGCUUCUGAUAAAUCAUGUUCUCCAUGCAUAUUCAAUAUUCUUCUCGGGCUGAAUCUGUAAAUGUCAUAUUAAUGCUAGCUGCUCUGUGUUGUUCAUAGUCUUAUUCAAGCCUAAUAUCCGACGCUCUUGUGGAUCUUGACCUUCUUUCUAAACUAGUUCUGGCUUUCUGAACAAGUAAAGACGAUGAUGUAAAUUACAGUAGUUUGCUCACAGGUGCAUUUUUGAUCAUAUUCAUAUUGAUCUGUUAAUAUUUGCUAUUAGUAUCUUAAGAUUUGUUGUUGCUUUUUUGCUUUUUUCGUAUAUGUAAUAUAUUGUUUUGUAUGAGCCUUUGCCAAACAUUUUCCAGCUGUCUAGAAGUUUUCAGGAAAUAAUAAUAAAAAAAGUUGUA